AUGUCGACAGCAACUAGCUCUGUCCGUGCGACAGCCUUGCCUAGUCCUUCAAUCCCCAGCCCGAGCUCUAUCAUCACCUCUUCCAAUGCCAGCACACUUAGUACACCCACAUCCUCGAUUCAACAACCUUUUGAGGAUUUAGAACAAAAAAUAAUCGAUCUUAAGCGGCAUUGGACAUCAAAUGGACAUCCUGGACCUGAUCUUUUGUACAACUGUGUCGAAUACGCGACCUUCAAUCCUCGAUCUUGGGGAUUCAAGGAUCGAUCGGCUUAUGAGCAAAGCCCCUCCAACAACAAGACUGAAUGGAUAGUUCCGCGUACGCCUCCUGUACUCUCAGGAUGGGCAGCAGGUUUACAAUUCGGCCACAUGUCUGGGUAA